AUUUGAGAUGUGGUGUGGUGAGAUGAGUUGAGGUAAUUUGAGAUGAGAUGUGGUGUGGUGAGAUUAGUUGAGGUAAUUUGAGAUGUGGUGAGGUGAGAUGAGUUGAGGUAAUUUGAGAUGAGAUGUGGUUUGGUGAGAUUAGUUGAGGUAAUUUGAGAUGAGAUGUAGUGAGGUGUGGUGAGAUGAGUUGAGGUAAUUUGAGAUGUGGUGUGGUGAGAUGAGUUGAGGUAAUUUGAGAUGUGGUGUGGUGAGAUUAGUUGAGGUAAUUUGAGAUGAGAUGUGGUGAGAUGAGAUGAGUUCCGGAGUUGUUGUAACUCGGGGAUGAAUCUCAGCUGUGCCACUGGAGUUUCCUGCUGCAGGCAUUAGGGACGUACUGUGCAGGUGUGUGCUUUAUGUGAAGCCGUGAGGAGUUCGUGCAACUUCGUUGUGGUCAUAUUGUGGGGAGACAGAAGAGCUGAGACGGAGACAGAAGAGCUGAGACAGAGCUCGGCUGCUGUUGCUCUGUAACUUCACUUCUCCAUGCGUGACUUGUCAAUAGCCUGUUAGCGUUCGCUUUAUCUUUACUAUUAUCAGGAGAAUAAGUGAAUAAAGUUCUGCUCUCAGCAUGAACACACGGCGGACAGGGUGAAGAACACGUAUCUGUUAUUUGUGUGAGUUCCGGGAGGCUGUAAAUAACUGCCCCGGAGCAGAGGGGCAAAAGUUUGUGAGCCUUCUUUCCACUAGCAGUUAGCUUAGCGCUAGUUUGGCCUUUCAGGUUUCCGGGCCAGGCUGAGGGGUUUUCUCCUCGCCCCCCUGUGAGUCCGAAAAACAGAAGAAUCCGGAUGAAGAUGAAGAUGUUGGAGAGAUUAAUGAGAAAUAAAGCCGCCCAGGACGGCGGGGAGAAUCCGCACUGCUGCUCGGACUCCAGCUAAGCUAACGCAAUCACAGCAUGCUAGUCACUCAUGCUAGCGAGUGUACAGGAGCGUAACCGAGUUCUCCCCAGAACCUGAACUUUCCUUUCUUUAUUUACCAACAAAUAUCGGUGUUUAAAAGCAGGGUUUGGGGUAAAAGUGUGUUUUGGGGGUAAAACAAUGCAGCUGUGGAGUGUGUGUGUGUUUCUGGUGUGGACCUGGUCUAGAAGCGGUGCAGAGAUUUGUGCGAGUAAGGACAUCAGGAACAACGUGAUGAACCUGCACUCCUUGGAGAACUGCACAGUGAUUGAGGGUCAUCUAAAGAUCCUACUGAUGUUCCACAUGAGAGCAGAGGACUUUCGAGGUCUGAGCUUCCCCAAACUGACUGUGGUGACGGAUUACCUGCUGCUGUUUCGUGUUUAUGGUCUGGAGAGCCUGAGCGACCUGUUCCCCAAUCUCACCGUCAUCCGAGGGAACAAUCUAUUCUUCAACUACGCCCUGGUCAUCUUUGAGAUGCUGCAGCUGAAGGAGAUCGGACUGCACAGUCUGAUGAACAUCACUCGUGGCGCCGUGCGGCUGGAGAAGAACCCUGACCUCUGUUACCUCUCCACGCUCGACUGGUCUCAGAUCCUCGACUCUGUGGAAGACAACUACAUCAUAGCCAAUAAGAACGAGGGAGAGUGUGGAGACGUGUGUCCCGGCAUGGCCAAGGGCAAGACCACCUGUCCUCAGACCACCAUCAACGGCCAGUUCGGGGCUCGCUGCUGGACACAACUCUACUGCCAAAGGAUGUGUCCGUCGGUGUGUAAGGCGAGGGCGUGUACAGUGGAGGGUCAGUGCUGUCACUCGGAGUGUUUGGGAGGGUGUAUGAAGCCGGAAUCUGCAGCCCAGUGUGUGGCGUGUCGUCACUUCCUGCAUGCGGGAGUGUGUGUAGAGACCUGUCCCUCCGGCUUUCUCUCCUUUAAGGAGUGGCGGUGUGUGAGCCCUGCCUACUGCAACGCUCUGCACACACAGUGCUCUCGCAACACACAGGGCCAGGGCUGCAUUACCUACGUCAUCCACCAGGGGGCGUGCGUUCCUGAGUGUCCUUCAGGGUACACCAUCAACUCCACAAACCUGACGUGUACACCGUGUGCAGGAAUGUGUCCUAAAGUGUGUGUGGGAGAGAAGACGGUGGACUCUGUGACUGCGGCUCAGGCACUGCGGGGCUGCACGCUGCUGAACGGCAGCCUCAUCAUCAACAUCCGGGGAGGAAAUAAUAUCGCUUCAGAACUGGAAGCUAACCUGGGUCAGUUGGAGGAGAUCACAGGGUACCUGAUGGUGCGUCGCUCUUAUGCUCUCGUAUCUCUGGCGUUCCUCAGAAAGCUCAGCCUGAUCCGUGGAGAGACACAGGAACGAGGGAAUUAUUCAUUUUUCGCUCUGGACAAUCAGAACCUGCGGCAGCUGUGGGACUGGUCAAAACACAACCUCAGCAUCCUGCAUGGCCGCAUGUUCUUCCACCACAACUCCAAACUGUGUCUGAGUGAGAUCCGCAGGAUGGAGGAGGUGACCGGGACGAGAGAGAGAACGCCCAGGAACGACAUCGGCUUAAAGACCAAUGGAGACCAGGCGUCCUGUGAGUACCGGCUGUUGAAGUUCACGUCCAUCAGGACUGCUGCAGAUAAGAUCAUUAUAAAGUGGGAGCCGUUCUGGCCGCCGGACUUCAGGGACCUGCUGGGUUUCAUGGUUCUCUAUAAAGAAGCUCCGUACAGGAAUGUGACAGAGUUUGACGGGCGGGAUGCGUGCGGCUCUAACAGCUGGGUAAUUGCAGAUGUGGAUCCUCCUCAGCGCUCGGGUGAUGGGCGUCAGCAGGAGCCUGGGUUCCUCAUCGUGGCCUUAAAGCCCUGGACUGAGUACGCCAUCAUGGUUAAAGCCCAGCUCUCCACCUCUGAUGACCACCACAUCCAGGGGGCGAAGAGCCGUAUCAUCUACAUCCGCACCAACGCUACCAAGCCAUCUGUGCCACUGGAUCCAAUCUCCUCCUCCAACUCGUCCUCUCAGAUCAUCCUGAAGUGGAAACCUCCCAACGACCCCAACGGCAACAUCACAUACUACGUUGUGUCCUGCCUACAGCAGCCUGAGGCCAGCGAGCUCUACAAGUUUGACUACUGCCAGCAAGGUAUGAAGCUUCCGUCUCGAGUCCCCACACUGGUGGACAGUAAGGACGGACAGAAGUGGAAUCAGACGGAGGACUCAGGUCUGGGUGAACUCUGCUGUCCAUGUCCUAAAACUGAAAAACAGCUGAAGAAAGAGGCAGAGGAGAGAGAGUACCGCAAAACCUUUGAGAAUUACCUACACAACGAGAUCUUUCGCAUCAGACCAUCACGUCACCGCAGAGCCCUUGUGGGUGUGGCCAACAGCACAGUGUCCAUUUUCCUGACCACACCCACUCCCCUGCCUAGUCAGGAGGCGGAGUCAAAUAAGUUGAUUCAGUUUGUGUAUAGUAAGGAAUCAACAGUGAUCUCCAACCUGAAACACUUCACCAGCUACCAGAUCGAGAUUCAAGCCUGCAACAACCAGCCAGAAGACCCUGAGCGCUGCAGCAUGGCCUCCUACGUCAGCGCUCGCACCAUGCCCGAGGAUCAUGCUGAUGACAUCCUCGGACAGAUUCUUGUUAACAUUGUUGAAUAUUCGGUGCACAUUAGGUGGGUGGAGCCAAAAGCUCCAAAUGGUAUGAUCAUACUGUAUGAAGUAAACUACAAGAGACUGGGAGAUUCAGAGGAGCUAAAUCACUGUGUGUCAAGGAAGCAGUACAUAAGUGACAGUGGCUGCAAGUUGAGAGUGGUGCAUCCUGGAAAUUAUACCGUGCGAAUCCGAGCCACAUCACUGGCAGGAAACGGAUCCUGGACAGAACCUGCGUACUUCUACGUCAAAGAUCUCCGUGUGGAUCCCUCUAAUCUGUUAAAUAUUAUCGUGGUGCCGGUGGUGUGUGUGGUGUUGGUGGUCUUGAUGGUGACGGUUGGUUUCGUCAUGUUCAAAAGAAAGCAAGCAGAAGGACCAACUGGACGUCUGUACACCUCUCCAAACCCUGAAUACCUGAGUCCAGAUGAAAUGUAUGAGCCGGAUGAGUGGGAGGUGGCACGGGAGAAGAUCACCCUGCUGCAUGAGCUUGGUCAGGGCUCAUUCGGGAUGGUGUAUGAGGGUGUGGCCCGUGACGUGGUGAAGGGCGAGGCUGAGACACGUGUAGCAGUAAAGACGGUCAACGAAGCGGCCAGUCUCCGAGAGAGGAUUGAGUUCCUCAACGAGGCCUCGGUCAUGAAGGCCUUCACCUGUCACCACGUGGUGAGACUACUGGGCGUGGUCUCUAAAGGCCAGCCCACUCUGGUGGUGAUGGAGCUGAUGACACACGGAGAUCUGAAGAGCUACCUGCGCCGUCUCCGCCCUGACUCUGAGAAUAACCCGGGCCGCCCCCCCCCCACUCUGAGGGAGAUGGUGCAGAUGGCGGCGGAGAUCGCGGAUGGAAUGGCGUAUCUCAACGCGAAGAAGUUUGUGCACAGAGACCUGGCAGCGCGGAACUGCAUGGUGUCCACAGAUUACACGGUCAAGAUUGGUGACUUUGGGAUGACAAGGGACAUCUAUGAGACAGAUUAUUACAGGAAGGGAGGUAAAGGACUACUUCCUGUCAGAUGGAUGGCACCUGAGUCUUUGAAGGAUGGAGUGUUUACUGCACACUCAGACUGCUGGUCUUUCGGUGUGGUCCUGUGGGAGAUUAGCACACUAGCAGAGCAGCCGUAUCAGGGUCUGUCUAACGAGCAGGUGCUGAAGUUUGUGAUGGAUGGAGGAUUCCUGGAUCGUCCAGAUAACUGCCCUGAUAGACUUCACAGUCUGAUGCAGAUGUGUUGGCACUACAACCCGAAGCUGCGCCCCUUGUUUCAGGAGAUCAUUGAGAUGUUGAGAGAUGAACUUCAUCCGUCCUUCACUGAUCUGUCCUUCUUCUACAGCGAGGAAAACAGGAUCCGAGCUCGGGACAGCGAGGACUUCGACAUGGAUGUGGAGAACAUGGAGAGCAUCCCUCUGUCCUCCUACUCGCCCCAGGACGAGGGAGACGAGGGGACGUAUGCAGGACUCAUCCCCUACACACACAUGAACGGGGGAAAGAAAAACGGAUGCGUUCCCUCGCUCCCUCGAUCCAGCCCCUCCUAAUGCAUCAGCAGCACCCCAAAGCCCGCCUUUUUUCCAAUGUUACAAGCUGAAAGAUUUAUUUUUCUUCUUCACUGGUUUUUAUAGAACCACUUUUUUAUCACUUCCUGUUUUCCUGGUGGACCCGCCCAUUUCUGGACUGUCUGCUGCAUCUAAACUUGCCAAACUAGUGGUUAGCAAAUGACCUAGCAUUCUGUGUAAACCAGCAAUUUAAAGAAAGAAGACAAAGGGAUGCUAAGCACAAGACUUUUUAGCUAUCUACAUAUCAAUUUUAUUGACAGGUUUGCCUGUGUUUAAAGGGGCGGAGUUUGACAACUAAUUUGUGUAAUUAUAAACCUUUCUUUUAAAUCUUUCCUCUAGAUUUGGCUACGCUAAUCUAGCAGUACAAGUCUACUGUAUCUAGCCUAGUCUAGCUGGCCCACAAGCUAAACUGCCAUGUUUUAUAAUCACAUGAUUAACCACAUGAUCAUGUUUGUGAUUGGCUGGAGCAGGUUAUAACUUAAGCCCCCUCCAGGAACCCCUGUCAGUCAGCAAAACCCAGAAGUAUCAACACUCAGUUUUAGACAAUGUAGCUAAUUAUAUAGUUUAUCACUACAUGUUCAGUAACGCACAGUGCAUUAUGGGUGUUUAGGGUGGAGCCUGAAUGUUACUGUCGACAUGGUGCACAUUAUUGCAAGCGUUUUGGGGGCGGAGCCAUAAUUUGUGUGUGUGUACAUAGAGAAGCUGCGUUCAUCAUUUAAUAUUCAGACGAUUGACAUUAAGCGCCAUACCCCAAACACCAAGAAACUGUGAACCAACUGUGGACCUCCACCAAUCAGGAGAGACUAGAGAGCGGGGUGGAGCUGGGAGGGGUCUGGGUGGUGACCGUUAAAGUGGCCUUAUUGUGUGUGUGUAUAUGUCUAAAAACCUUAAUGAUCAGUCACAUCCGUCUGUCUGUUUCCCUGUCUGUCUCCCUCUCUUUCCAUCAGUCUUUUCAUCUCUCUCUCUCUCUUCUCUCUCUCUCUCUCUCUCUCUCUCUCUCUCUCUCUCUCUCUCUCAAAUUUUGCAUCCUGUUUUGAAUGAACAUGUCCACCAGCAGGAGAAUCAGUUUGUCACAUGCAGCUUAUUUAUAAUAACAAAAAUAAAAUAUAAUUUUAGUCUUUCACAUCACAUUUAACUUCACCCCAAUAGUUUGCUAAUUUAUUUUAUUUUCAGGUUGUAGUUUUAUAGUUACUGCAGGAGAACCAGAGCUUUCAUUUUCUUUCCACCACAAACCAAAGCAAGGAUGCAAACUUUUGGAUGCCUCACUGUCUCUCAGCACAUCUGUCUCUUGGCGUGUGUCUCUGACUCUCGGUGAAUGUCUCUUGGCGUGUUUGUCUGUCUCUGCGUGUGUCUCUGACUCUCGGUGCACGUCUCUUGCCGUGCCUCUGAGCGCAUGUCUGUUUUUCACGUGUUUCUCUGUCUGUGUGUCUCUGUCUCUUAGCUUGUCUCCCUCUUCCUCCUUGUGUCUCCUCUCUGUUCAGUAUUGUCCACACAGGUGAUGGCUUGAAGAGUUUGGACUUUAUUUGUUUUUGUUUGUACGUUUGUUAAAGCUGAAGGGCACGAUACACAAUACACACCGGUUUAUCUCUCGCACACAUGCACACGUUCCUGCUGACCUCAGAGCCUUGUCAGUACAUGGUUAAAUGGGGGAGGCGUGUCCUGAUGAUGUGAUACGUUACCAUGACAAUGACAGAGAGAUUUUACUAUUCAAAGUUGAUUCAUACCUCGGACAAACUUACCUGGUGUUCGUUUCACUGCCAGUUACACAGGUGUACCCCACAGCCCUGAGUCCAAACUGCACCAAGUACACAACCGUGUGUGUGUGUGUGUGUGUGUGUGUGUCCCAAAUCCCCGAAUCCGAACUAUUAUUUCUAUGUUUUUUGACAGUUACAUAAGCUUGUGUCAUUGUUGCCAUGGUGACAAGUUCGGAUGUCUUUCACUUAAAGGAACAGUUCAGCCAAAAUUUAAAUGGUGUGUGUGUGUGUGUGUGUGUGUGUGUGAGAGAGAGAAAGAGAACAGACAGAUCUGACCAGUAGGUGCUGCUUUGAGUAAUAUUUUAUUGGGUCAUAAAUGAGGUGCAUCGUCGUUAUUAUUAUUAUUAUUAUUAUUGUUGUUGUUGUUGGUCUUUUUCUAAUCCUAAAGUUCUAAUACUAAUCCUCCUCUGGCCCAUGUGUUGCAGACGUCUGAGCGUCCAGACGUUAUAUUUCUGCUGUUAAUAAAAGCAGUGAGCUGCAUUUGAGGCAAA